AUGUUCAAAAUUAUGCUCGCUAUUACUUCAAUGAUAGAUUUGGCCAUUUCGUGCUUAUCUCUCAAGCCAAUUCUCACCCUCACCCUAACCGGAGCUUUGAAUGUGCUGUUAGCGGUGGUUAAAUACGAGCAACUAGGAGUUAGACUAGCGUUUGCCCAGCCUUCCCACUUCCAAUCUUCCCUUUCUCAACUACUACGGAUUAUAAACUGGUAUCGUGUGAACCCUUUCCCUCCGAUAAAUAUGACGCGGGUGAUUGCUCGAGCCACGUCGGCGCAAGCCGCCGUGCGCGCUCGAAGCAGGGUUCCAAAACCCAAGAUCCGAAAGCAUAAAAUUAUAAUGGAGACCAUUACCCAAGAGAAAAAGAAACUUCGCAGUGUUAUCUCGUUCGAAGCCAAGGCUCCUCCGGGCUACACCUUUAUACCUGCGGGCAACCCCAAGUUUACUAAUGCAUGCAAGGAAAUGUGUCGACAAGAUGGGCUCCAGGUCUUUGCUGUUUCGACAACGCCUCAUCAACGAAUGCACGACCUUUCGCAACAGGUGCAUAGGAUUGGUUAUCACUUCCCUAGUGUUGUUGUGGCAACAAUCUGUAUGGAACGGGGUCUAUUUCUUUCGUCGACAGGGAAAGUCGUUCCAUACCAAGCAGCGUCGAAGACCUCUCGGCGUCUGACCAAGAACCUUGGUAGGGAAAAGCGGGCUGCUUCGGAUGUAUCCCAAAAUACAAUUAACGUGGAAGCGAAGGAUGCAAUCAAGGAUUUAUUCCCCAAUAUCCCGACAAAAGACUUGAACCGGAUAAUCAAAACGGCGUUCCAAAAGGGCAAAAGAAAAGUCGGGACUGCCGUCGAACUACCGCUUGCGCGCCGCGUGCAAUUAGCUGUUGUAGCUCAUAUUCGUCACGUCUAUACUGACUAUGAUCGGCUACUCAGAAUCACUUCUUUUCAGGAUGCCAGAGCUGCGGUUGAAGAGCCCACUCUUGCUAAGCUAGUUCAAUGGCGAGGCGACGAUGAAAAUGGCAAGACCGUUUUGGAAGAUGUAUUCCGCGAGGUUAUUGUUAUUUCUGAUGACGAAGAUGACGAGGAAGACGAGAGUGACCUUGCUGACGAGAGCUUCUCCAGAGAGGGUCGACAAUCGAGCGUUGAGGUUGUAUCGAAUAAAGCCCUAACAGGAGAACUCCAAACAAGGCCUAUGAACUAUGGAAACCUUCCCGUUGGUGACCAUGGAGCUGUCCAGGAUUUCUCUGAAGAUGAAGCUCCAUCUGGGUUCAGAUUUGUACCACAGCCUUCGCGAAAGAGAAAGGUUGCAGACAAGAAAAGACCGGAUCGUAGGGGCUUUAGUCGAUAUCAAGCCUGGGAUCGAGCCCGCAACCGAUACAAAGCUGGUGAAUAUUUACCUGAUAUAGUUAGGCCUGAUAACUAUGUGGUUGAUCGCUAUUCCGUUCCUCCUACCAUGCAGGAUCCCUUGCAGGAAACGGGAAGACUGAAUGGCCACCCCACACGCCCUCUUGUCUCUGAAUCGAUUACCGGCGCAUGGCGCCCUCCACGACUCUAUGAUUCUACUAAUGAAACACGCGUUAACCAACCUCUGAACACGAUCGAUCCCCUGCCAUUAGAUAGCAGCCCAUAUUUUCUCGAACCGAAUAAAUCUCGAGCAGGGCCGCCUGAUCGAAUCCAAUUAGCUGAUGGUGCUAUAUUUGAAAGAGCCAACAUCUCCACAUGGCCCGAACGGGAGAUAAUCGUUCAAAAACCCAAGCAGUUGCCUCCUACUCUUAUCUCCCCAAAUGUACUAGAAAAUUACCCCGAUGAAAGGAGAUACCGUAUACCUUCUGGAGAUUUGCAUUUUCCCUCCCACCGUGGAGGGGAUAUCAGUGAGUAUCAGGAACAUUGCGUGCUCCCAUCAAUUGAAGGACCUGAGCCGCCUAGCCAUUUCAGAAACCAAACAAUGGAACAGCCGGACCUGUUACCCCGCAAAAGAGUUCCAGAUGAAUUUCCACCAUACCAGAUGAAGCCUGCCAACCCUCGUAUUGAGGAGGUCUCAGGCAAGAUGAACGUAAUUGACAUUAACAAAGACAGCCACACCUUCUCACAAAAAAGACAACGAGUAGAAUAUAAUACUAUUCGUGGAAGAUCUCCCGUGGAUAGAGAUCGAGACAGCGCAUAUAUAUCCUUACCAUUGGGGCCAUACGAUCCCCCAGCUUAUCGUAAACCAGGUUCCUCGGAUGUUUCUUUUUUUCACACGGAGCAGAAACCACUCUCAUCAAAUGGGGGCCCUGAAGUUCUGGGCCACCAUCUUGAGCGACUUCCAAUUGGUGCUAAAAGGCCUCUUGAUCCUAUUCCCUCAAGUUCACAUUUCUCCAGUGGCUUCUCUGAUCAUCCCGAACAUGGACGUCGAUAUGAAGCUCCUAUUUCCCAUGGUGCUCGUCACGGUCUUUCCAGUCAGAAUAUUUUAGAAUCUCCUCGCUUUGUCUCUGCAUCUGAUAAACCUAGUUUUGAUAUGGUCAGGGAUGACGGGCGACCCGUCAGACCUAACCAUUUUCCCAAUUUCAAUCGUCCUCAACGUCAGGUUUUUGACUAUGAAGACUUUGUAGACCCAAGAGGUCCAAAUUCAUUUAGGGAUGCAUGCCGUCCAGUUUUUGUUGCACAAGAAACCUCCAUUAGGCGAAAUUUUUUUCCUGAUGAAAAUACUCGAAUUUCUAGUCUUCACUCUCACGACUUUGUGUGUCCUGUUAAUUUGCAGGAUGCGGAUGGGUCUUUCAGGCAUGAGCCACAAAGGAGGCAAGCAGCCCCAGCUAGCCCUCGCCAAACAAGACAUGUACCCCGUGGUGCGUUCAGGGCAUACGACCGAGUCCGAGCUGAAUCACAACCGGAUCUUUCUCAUUCGGCACAAACAUUUUCCUCUCGAGUAGCUCCCGUUCCUGAGCCCAAUAGUCCAUUCUAUGUUGGUUCAGAUUUCCCUCCCCGAAAUAGCCGCCCAAUGUUGAAUCCUUCCCAGCCUUCUUCGGCUUUUUAUGAUUCGCGAACUGGUCGGCUCUCUAUUGAUGAUGAUGGACGAAGGUACCACAAUGACGAUGGCAUGCAGCAGCACUUAAUCCGAGACGGCAGCCUGCGAAAGCGACCUCGCAGCCCACCGUUAUACUAUGAACGAAUCCCGCCCGAACGCGCAAGCAUCGUUCUGGGUGAUUAA